CCCAGAGUCAGAUGCAGAUGAUGUUUCGCCGACAUAAGAAACAAAGCGACGAGAGGCUCAAAAUAGAACGCGACGAAGAUUUGAUUUUUUGAAGCGUUUUAAAUAAUUUUGUUUUAAUUCUCGAACAGGAUUACCUCCAUCAUUUUGUGUCAUACCAAAAGGAUUUUGAAUGUAUGCAUUCCACGCAUUUCUAGGAACAUGCUUUUUCCGAGGAAAAGAAGCUCUGUGUGGAUUUACCUCGUCUUUGUGCUGCUGGGUUGCUGCUGGGAAGCUGCUUUAGGACAGCUUUCUUACUCCGUUUUAGAGGAGGUGAACCAAGGGACUGUGGUCGGGAAUAUUGCCAAAGAUCUCAACCUAAAUGUCAAGGAUCUUGAAACACGUAUGUUCCAGAUCGUUGCAGGAUCAAAGAAAACAUAUUUUGAGGUAAAUCUAAAGACCGGUGUCCUUUACGUUAACGCGAGAAUAGAUCGAGAGGAACUGUGUGGUAAUGAUGACAAAUGCUCACUGAGUAUAGAAGCAGUCAUUAAUAAUCCCUUAAAAUUGUACCGCAUUGAAAUUCUAAUUUUAGAUGUAAAUGAUAAUUCACCGAGUUUUCUUAUUAAUCCUCAGCUGAUGAACAUAAGCGAAAAUACAGCAGCAGGAACUAAAUUUCCACUACAUCCAGCUCACGAUGCAGAUAUUGGCAAAAACACCGUACACACCUACAGACUUAGUCAGAAUGAACACUUUUCUCUAGCAACGCAAAAAGGAGAGAUUGUGACACCUGAACUGGUGCUUCAGAAAAUGUUAGACCGAGAAAAACAAUCUGCGAUUCGGCUGAUUUUGACGGCUUUGGAUGGAGGAACGCAUGCUAAAUCAGGCUCCAUGUUGAUAAUCGUAAAUGUAUUGGAUGUUAAUGAUAACGCUCCUGUUUUCAACCAGACUCUCUACAAAGCCAGAGUGUAUGAGAACGCAAAGCUGGGAGCACCGAUUAUAACUUUAAAUGCUAUCGAUAAAGAUGCAGGAAAAAAUGGACAGGUAACAUAUUCAUUCAGUGAAGUCGGUCGUGGUAAACAGACUGAGCUGUUUCAAAUCGAUCAAAACACCGGAACAGUGACAAGUAAGAAGAACAUAGACUAUGAAGAGAAUAAUGCUUUUGAAAUUCGCGUUCAGGCCAGUGAUGGAGCACCCUCACCACUCACGUCAAAUGCUAAACUACUGAUAGAAGUUCUAGAUGUGAAUGACAAUGCUCCUGAAAUUACAGUUACAUCCCUAUUAAAUACAGUGAAAGAGGAUGCAUCCAGUGGCACCGCCAUUGCUCUUGUUUCAAUAUUUGAUAAAGACAGCAGUAGAAAUGCAAUAGUUAACUGUAAAAUGUCAGAAAACGUUCCUUUUAAAUUAGAGUCAAAUUAUAAGAACUAUUAUUCUUUGGUUGUGGAUGGACCUCUGGACAGAGAAAGAGCGCCUCACUACAAUAUCAGCAUCAUAGCUACAGAUGAAGGCAGCCCACCUCUCUCCAGCACCAGCGUCAUUAUUGUACAUGUCUCUGAUGUAAAUGAUAACAAACCUCAUUUCACAGAAGACAUUAUAAACAUCUUUAUGAAAGAAAACAGUCCAACAGGAGCAGUUAUUAAAACAGUGUCAGCAGUUGAUGCAGACACUGAUCAAAAUGGUCAGCUUAGCUACUCACUUGUGCAUGACAAUAGUAACCCACUCCCACUCAGAUCAAUGAUGAGCAUAAAUUCAGAGACUGGAGAAAUAAUCAGUCUGCAGUCUUUUAAUCACGAGGAGUUAAAAACGUUUCAGUUUAAAGUUCAGGCUACAGACUCUGGUGUUCCUCCUCUCAGCAGCAACGUGACUGUUAAUGUUUUAAUUCUGGAUGAAAAUGAUAAUAAUCCAACAAUUUUAGCUCCUUAUUCUGAGCACGGCUCUGCUAACAGUGAGACCAUCCCCUAUUCUGCUGAAGCAGGAUACUUUGUAGCAAAGAUCAGGGCUGUGGACGCAGACUCUGGAUACAAUGCGCUGCUUUCUUAUCACCUGUCUGAGCCCAAAGGAAACAACCUGUUCAGGAUCGGAACCAGCACCGGGGAAAUCAGGACUAAGAGGAGAAUGAGUGACAAUGACCUGAAAACUCACCCCUUGGUGGUGCUAGUUUCUGAUAAUGGAGAACCUUCUCUGUCAGCUACUGUGUCUAUUGAUGUGAUGGUGGUUGAAAGCACAGCUGAUGUUCAGACUCAGUUCAGACAUGUGCCUAUAAAGGAGGACAACUUCUCUGAUUUGAACCUAUAUCUGCUGAUCGCCAUCGUGUCAGUCUCUGUGAUCUUUCUGCUGAGUCUCAUCAGUUUAAUAGCUGUCAGAUGCCACAGGACAGACGGUGAUUUCAGCAGGUACAGCGCCCCCAUGAUCACCACCCACCCUGACGGGAGCUGGUCUUACUCUAAAGCUACUCAGCAGUAUGACGUGUGUUUCAGCUCAGACACACUGAAGAGUGAUGUAGUGGUUUUCCCCGCACCGUUUCCACCUGUAGAUGGAGAGCUGAUCAGUAUAAAUGGAGGAGACACUUUUACCAGAACUCAGACUUUACCAAACAAGGACAAGGUAGGUUUGAAUUCUCAGCCAUGUCGUCUCUGAGUGCACAUUGACCAUGAUGGGUUUUUUCUACUAUUAUAUAGUGGAUAGGGAUUUGACAUUGUUUCAGGUUAUUUAUCUUUUCCUGAUCUUCUUAAAUAAUAAUUUUCUUUUAGAAACUGCUAAUAGCGGUUGUUUAAGUUUCUUUAAAACAGAAUGUACCUAAUAAUAAGUAGAAUAUGCUUGUGUAUUUAUGUGGGCUACAAAUAAUUUCUAACAUAUGUCAAAUACGGUUCAAAGUAUAAUAUUUGAGUUUUUAUAGCACAAUAGCUUUUCAUGUUCUGUUUUGCUGUCGACCCCAGGUAUUCUUCAGCAAAAACAUUUUUUUAUUAAACUAGGCUUUGUUUUUUAUGUGUUUCUUUUUGAGUCGCUUAUUAUAGACUUUUGCUGUUUUGUCCUAUUACAAAAAUAAUUGUCAGUAUUAGCAUAUGUGCCAGAACGUUUUAACUGCAACAACAACCAAAACCAAAACUGUGAUUGGUUUAUACAGUACAGUUGUUCUUAAAGACCAAGAUAAUAUACAUGUAACAGAACACAUUAUUAUAUAAU